UCGGAAAAGCACAAAAGUUGUUUACCAAAUGAAAAUUUAGGAUAUUGGCCGAUUGCCGGCAAGAUACAGUAAUUCCUGUCCUGCAAGAUUUCACCACAGCAAAAUGCAUUUAGGUGCGCAAAAGCUAGCUCUUAAGCAAAAAGAAGCAAAACUGGCCGCAGCUUUUCCCAAAGGGAUACGAUGCCAGAAAUGUCUGGAAUAUGGCCACUGGAGCUAUGAAUGCCAGGGCAAGCGCAAGUAUCUUCAUCGUUCAUCCCGUACUCAGGUGCUGAAAAAGAAUCUGAACAAAAUCGGUGCAAAAAAUGGUGAUUCAGCAUCGGGAAAAGAGUCAUCUGAAGCAAUAAAAAGCACCAGCAAGUCCUCCGAGGAGAAAAAGAAAAAUUCUGCAACCGAUUCAUCGGAUAGCAGUGAUGAGAGCGAUAGUAGCAGUGGUAGCAGCACCAGUAGCAGCUCUAGCAGCAGCGAUUCCGGCAGUAGCAGCGGAAGCACCAGCGGUAGUGGAAGUUCCUCUAACAGCAGCAGCUCGAGUGAUAGCAGCAGUAGUGACGAUGAAAAGUCCUCCUCGGAGGACGAUAGAGUGAAGAAAAAGGCCCGAUUAAUUAAGAGAAAGAAGCCCACCAACGGUAGUCGGAAAUCGGAAAGCGUAAAAAAGACAAAGGAUAGCAGAAAAGACGCCCCGAAGUGUAAGGGAACGAAGGACGAAAGUAGCAGUAGCUCUAGUGAUAGUAGUAGCAGCAGCAGUAGCAGUAGCAGUAGCGAUAGUAGCAGUUCCAGCGAUUCAUCCGCAUCGGAGAAGGAGCGAAAAAGAAGGAGGAAACGCCGCAAGCAAGGCGAAUAGUGAUCCGUACGAUUCUAACCGCUUUUGAACGCAACCCCCAUACUAAGGCCACUUCGCAACGAUAUUACAGUCAUGAAAAGCCAUGAAAUUACUAAAUAUCUACCCAACAACGGGAAGCAAAGGUAAGAACUCCCGAUUUUAAGUGUAAUACCCCCAGGAAAUGAAACAUAUUCUCGAUAUAAGCUUGGAUGGUCAGGGCAACUGCACACAAACACACAUUUAUUAUUCGUAAUGUAUUCCUUGACAUAUUGUACAAAAAAGGGUAAAAUGAGAAUUGUGUAAAAGAGAACAGUGUAAACGUUAAUAAAACAUAGCGACU